AUGGCUGUCGCAACAAAACUGACGACGACAUUUGGUUCCGGACGUCCUCAAGAGACUCCUUAUCAGCUCGAUCCUGAACAGACACUCAAAGCAUCUCGAGCCUUGCUACAACACAUUCGAACCGAGACCCAACGUUUGCAGCAGGCUUCCUCAAAAAAGAGCCUUCUGUCAACCAGUGCCUCCGAUUCUGACGAGGAUGUUGCUGGGGAUGCGGAAGCGCCGAUAUGGAUGACCCUCACCACCAAACAACAUAUUGUCGACAAGAACCGUCUCAAACCCAGCAAAAUCCCAGUCCCACAUUCUCUGAACACAUCACCCGACCUUCGAAUAUGCCUUAUCACCGCAGAUCCCCAAAGAGCAGUGAAGAACCUGGUGGCCGACCCUGCCUUUCCAGCGCAACUCAAAACGCGCAUCACUCGAAUAAUUGGUUUCACCAAAUUAAAGGCGAGGUACAAGACAUUCGAGCAACUGCGGGAACUGCUAUCUGAGCACGACAUUUUCCUGGCCGAUGACCGAAUCAUCACCCGUCUACCUCAGACCCUCGGCAAAGUCUUUUACAAGGGAACAUCGAAGAGGCCGAUUCCAAUCGUUAUCACAGACUCGAGGAAAGACAAGAAGGAAUCGAAAGCUCCAAAGGACGACGGCGUCGCUGCCAACCCCUCGCCUCAGGCACUGGUGAGAGAAAUUGAGAAAGCUCUGGAUUCUGUACCUGUCAGCGUCAGACCCGGCACUCUUGUCGCUGUACGCGUUGGACUGGCCGCCUUUAAGCCAGAGCAAUUGGCGGAAAAUAUCACCGCUGUCGUGGGUAGAUUGAUCGAAAAACACGUCGUGAAAGGAUGGAAAAAUGUUCGCGGUAUCCAUAUUAAAGGACAGUCUUCUUUAGCGGUACCCCUGUGGUUAGCAGAAGAUUUGUGGACGGAGACCGAGGAUAUUAUUGAGGCAGCAGAAGAACAUGAGCAGCUGGGAGAUGGGGUCGAUCAAGAUGAAAGUGGACAGAAGCGCAAGCGAAACCCAGCAACCACAAAGGGGCCACAGACCGGCUCUCGGAAACGGGCAAAGGUUGCCGAAGGAAAGAAUGGAGAGACCGGGUCUGAUCAGCAGCUUGUUCAAGCGAGAAAGAGCAAACUAGCCGCUCAGAAAGCAAAGGUAUUUGGCGGAGAACUGUAG